AUGGAGAGCGACGACGAUAUUGAGCUACGGCCGUCCUCUCCCGUGCAAGAACGAAGGCUGAAGCGUUUGAAGAAAGCAGUUAGAGCUCAUGAAUAUCCCCGUCCUAAUACGCCCGAUGGUAGCCCUUCUCCGCUGCCUGGUAAUUCUUCUGAAUCUGAUGCCUCACACUCCGAUGAUUCAAAUGGGCAAGAUUUUGAGGGUCUUAAUUUGGCAUCCGCAUCUUCAUUGGAGCCUGUUGGUGAUGAGAAUGGACCAACCGCUGAGCGUGACGCUUUGGAAAGCGUCAAGGAAGAUGAUUUGAGUGAGGCGAAGGUUUUGGAAUUUGAUUCCGUCUCUGAGGAUCUUGGAGGAAUUGGCAAUUCUUGCUCAACGGAAGCGAAGGGGCCAGAGGCUGAGGAUCUGAAGACCAAUGAACUAGAGAGAAACCAACAUAGCUUGGAUACCAUUUCUGAGAAGAGAAAGAGAAAGAAGAGCUCCGGCAGUGAUAGAGGCGAGGAGAAAGUCAGAGAAUCCACAUCUAAUAAAAAACGGGCUGAGAAGGAAAGACUGGAAAGCCUUAGAAACCUUCGGGCUGAGUCUCAGAGACUUCUACGAGAAAGUCGGGAUGCAGCUUUUAAACCUAUUGCCCGUGUUCACAAGCCCAUUUCAUCCCUAUUGGAUAAAAUUCGGCAGCGGAAAAUGGAGCUUUUAAAAAAAUCCAUUUCUACUAUUGAUGAUAAUGAUGAUGAAUUCGCAAGGGAUGUCCAAGUGGAUGAUGGAUCUCGGCGUGCUUGUCUUGGGGAUGACAUAGCUGAUAAGGUUGAACAUAGUGAACGCCAAGAAAUAUUUACCAGUCCUGCGGACACGACGAAUAAUUUAGACCCAUCACACUCAGGGGGGUCAGGCGCUGCUACAAAUUCCUUUAUUUGUGAAACCGAAGGCAUUCGUUGUCCGAUGGUCAUGGAUUCCGAAGCUGACAAUGUGUUUCGAGCUCCUAUUAAUGAUACUCAGGAGCUCUAUUCUGAUUCCUCAAGAAGUGACACCACAUGCGAGGCAUUGAACGAGAAGCCUGCUAGCCCUUCAGAAGUUAUUAAACCACCAAUCCCUUCAAUGAACUUGCAACUCGAUUCUGCACCUCCUGAUGAUGUCUCUUCUGAUGAAGAGGACAAUGAAAAGGAAAAUAUAGAUCCACAUCCACAUCGAUCAGCCGACUCUUCACCACCAAGUGGUGACCCUGUGAAGGCUUUCGUUGAUGAAGAAGCAGAAGAGGAGGAUAAUAGUGACAAUGACCUUGUGCGCUUCCAAGAAGAUGAGGAUGACGACGAUGAAGAUGAUGCUGAGGAGCUUAAUAAUAUGAUAGCAUCUGGAUAUGAAGAAAAUCUAAUUGAUAAGGAAAGGCGUGACCAACUUCACCAGCAGUGGCUGGAGAAACAGGACGCAGCUGGAAUGGAUAAUCUACUGCAGAAACUUAAUUGCGGUUCAAAAUUGAGGGACACGACAUCAAUUGGUGAGGAAGACGAUGAGGAAAGCAAUGAAACUGGAAACGAAUCAGAAGAUGAAGAAUAUGUUGCCCAGCCAAAUGCAGCCCGAAUCAAUCUGGAAAAAGUGAGGCAGAUGAUUCCUCAGAUGUUUUCAGAUAAAGAUGACGCAUAUGUAUCAUCCGAUGAAGAGGAAACACAGAAGAUGCUGCCUAAACGGUGCUUAUCUGCCAAAAUUGAGGAGCAAACUGCGUUCUUGUCACCGGCUGAGGAUGAAAGUAGCCGGGAAGUUUUCAGUCUUAUAAAGAAACUGAAUACUGUGCCUGACACCAAGAAGAAAGGCAGGACACCCUCGUUCUUUGAUACUCCGCUCAUUGGACAAAACAUCAACGUAUUAUCCAAGUCAUCAUUCCUAAAUCGUGCUUCCAAUCAUUCGUUGCCCUCUUCUCAAAAGCAUGGACCAAACAAGGCUCGUUCUUUCAUUUUUGGACGAGAUGACAGCAAUAGCAGGACUUCAAUCUCAGUGUCAGAGGACUCGUUGGAUACGAUCCAAAAGGAGACUCAGCCGCCAAAAUCUGCUAGUGCCAAGUAUCAGAGUAAUACACAGAACCGAUAUCAUAAUUCGAACUCCUCAUCUCAAGAGUCAGGUACUUGUCUUUUGGAGAUAUUAAGGAAAUCGUCGCGGCAUGCAGAGCGACGUGUCCAGAAUGACACUGUUCGCAAACGGAAUCUGUAUUUGCUGCAUUCAAGUUAG